AUGGUGAAGGAGGGAGUUGAGCAUGGGAACCAUACCAAGCCGCAUCCAUAUUUCACCACGAAGCUUCAAAGAUCCGCCGACCGAAUACUGGAUCACUACAUUGCGGACGAUCUAUUUCAUAUGUAUCCCAAAAUUCUUGCAUUGGGAGUUGUUCUGGUUAAAAUUGGAGCCAAACAGCCGUUCAUACAUACAAGCAACCAUGAUGUUUGGGACGAAAGCAUGAUCAAUGAUUCUUUCGAGUGGGCAUGGACCACGGCAAAUAGUGCCGACUUUGGAAACUCAGUUGGAGCUAUGUAUAAAGCGACAGUCGAAAGUUAUUUAAACACUGAGCUCUUCAGCGAUGGUCCCAUUGAUCCUUCAAAACUUGACAAAGACCUUGAAACCAGACGAUAG